GACUGGGAGCUCUCCUUCUCGUUGCUCCCGGUGCUCUACAUGCUGGUCUUCGUGCUGGGCCUGUCGGGCAACGGGCUGGUCAUCUUCACCGUCUGGCGGGGCUCGCCUGGCAAGCGCCGCUCGGCCGACGCCUACAUCGGCAACCUGGCGCUCGCCGACCUGGCUUUCGUGGUCACCUUGCCGCUGUGGGCGGCUUACACGGCGCUGCGCUUCCACUGGCCCUUCGGCUCGGCGCUGUGCAAGCUCAGCAGCUACCUGGUGCUGCUCAACAUGUUCGCCUCGGCUUUCUGCCUGGCCUGCCUGGGCGUCGAGCGCUACCUGGCCAUCGUGCACGCCUUGCCAUCACGCCCGUCGGCUGCUGCCUCCUCCUCGUCGUCGCCUUCCUCCGGCUGCUGCGCGUCCCCGCGGCCGCGCACCUGGACGCUGCUCUCGCUGGCUGCCGUCUGGCUGCUGGCCGGCUUGCUGGCGCUGCCGGCGUUGCUGCUGCGGCAGACGCGGCUGAGCCCUCGGGGAGGCAACGGUUCGGCGCUGGAGUGCGACAUGGAUUUCAGCACCUUGGCCGGCAGCGCUGAGCAAGCGGCUCGCUGGCUGGCGGCGCUCAGCUUGGCCACGACGGCGCUGGGCUUCGUGCUGCCGCUGCUGCUGCUGACGCUCUGCUACUGCUGUAUCGGGGCCGCCGUCAGCCGGCACUUCCGACGGCGGGGCCGCAAGGAGGAGAGCCGCCAGCGGCGGAGGCUCCUGCGGAUCCUGGUGACGCUGGUGGCCGUCUUCGCCCUCUGCUGGCUGCCUUUCCACCUGCUCAAGAGCCUCUACGUCUUGGCUUGGGUGGGCUUGCUCAGCCUGCCCUGCGCCUGGCUGGACCUCAUCCUGCGCCUGCACCCCUACGCCACCUGCCUGGCCUACGUCAACAGCUGCCUGAACCCCUUCCUCUACGCCUUCUUCGACGGGCGCUUCCGGGCCCAGUGCCGGCUGCUGCUCGGGCUGCGGAGCCCGCGACGCGGGCCCGCCGGAUCCGUCUCGUCCACGCUCAGCGGCCAGACGCAGAAGUCGGAGCUGCCUUCCUCGGGGACCAAGGUCUAGGAAGGUGGCGUGCGGGACGGGGGGUGGAACCGUGCCGGGGAUCGCCAAAACGGCACCCCGCCUUCGGAACGGAUUUGGCCAGUGGUGGGAUU